CUUGCCGCCGGUCCUGCCCACUCCCCUACCACGCUACCGGUACGCCAUGAAUGCUCAUUUCACUGGUACUGCUAGAGACCACGAGCGUGCUAGCUUGGCAAGUAAUGAUAUAUCGGCGUGACUGGCCCAGAGUAUGGGCGUGACUUCUUCCUCGUCAGGACCUCUUGCCUGCUUGACUACAGCUGGAGGACGCCGCGAAGAGGCCGAAGACGGAAGCAACGGCCGGGGUGAGUCCGGGGCUCGGACAAGUAGAGUAUAAGAAGCUACCCCGCAUUUCCAUUGCACCUUGCCAGCUUGCCUGUUUCUCCCCCUCACUAGCCAGAUUGCUACACACGGCUACUGCCAUGCCGACUGCAGAUCAUCUUCCGAAUGUGACUUGGGUGGGCAGCGGCGAGUACACAAGUGGAAUGGUGGGAGGCGGGAGCGAGAGCAGUCCUUCCGACAAGAAGGUCGGCGUUGUUGGUCUAGUCUACUUUGACCUACGGAGAAGAGGUCUGUGUGGACCCGAGCUAAGCAUGGUGGGAACAUCGGGAGACAAGCAUGCCCAGAUCAAGGCGCACUUCAAGAAGAACAUCGAGGCCAGAUACAAGGACAUGGACACUACCUAUACUGGAUACCCUGCACCGGGUGUCAAGGACGCCGAUGCUUACAAGACGGCCAUCGACGCACUCUCCCCGGGCGACGCCAUCACCAUCUUCACUCCUGACUCCACCCACUUUGCCAUUGCCGAAUACGCAUUGCGUCGCAAGAUUCACGUCUUGGUGACCAAGCCCGCCGUACAGAAGCUCACCGACCAUUUGCGUCUGGCUGAGAUAGCUCAGGAAGAAGGUGUACUGUGCUAUGUAGAGCACCACAAGCGCUUCGAUCCGGCCUACUCGGAUGCGAGGGAGAAGGCGAGGAUGGAGUUGGGGUCGCCGAAUUACUUCUACUCGUACAUGUCACAGCCAAAGCAGCAGCUGGCGACCUUUGCUAGCUGGGCAGGCAAGGAUAGCGAUAUUUCCUACUACCUGAACUCACACCACGUGGACAUCUUCGACUGGUAUGUCCGAGGUCGGGCAAGACCCGUCAAGGUAACCGCUUCCGCAUCAGAGGGCAUCGCCGAGAGCCUCGGCUGCCAGGCGGGUACAGAAGACACAAUCACCCUCCUCGUCGAGUGCGAAUUGCUCGAUGAGUCGACUGGCUCCCCACUGUCAGGUCAGCGCGCCACGGCCAUCUUCACCGCCAGCUGGACGGCUCCUUCAGGUGCAGGUGUGCAUAGCGAGCAAGGUUUCCACUACGUCGGCACCAAGGGCGAAGCCAAGGUCAACCAAUCCCGGAGAGGAUACACCCUCGUCAAAGAAGACGGGCAAGGUCAGGGCGCUUCGGCAGACAUCAAUCCCUUCUACAUGCUCUACUCGGCCGAUCUAGACGGACAUUUUGCUGGCCAGAAUGGUUAUGGGUACCGCUCUCUGGAACUCUUUACCAGGGCUUGCACGGCGAUCAACAAGGGGGAGAGGACAGCAGAGUCGUACGAGGGGGUCUUGCCGACUAUUAAAGACACCGUCUACACCACUGCGAUCCUCAAUGCCGGCCGUGUCAGUCUCGACGAGCAGCGGAGCGUCAGGAUCAUCACGUCGAAGGACGGCGUUCCUUCCUUGUCAUAGUCGUACCAGUCUUCAAUGUAUGCAUAGAAAGCUGAAAGUGGUGACGAGUGCAAUCUACAUGACCCUAUCGCGAGAC